UUUAAAUGAGUUUUGCAGGACUAUUUAACAUUUAAUUACCUUCAGAAUACACUCUUUAUACCUUAUUAUCUGGGAUGCCUUGAUCACCGCUCCUAAAAAGAAGAGUUUAGUCGUUUUCUGUUCACAAGUUUAACAAUUUCCUUAUAUUGUUUGGCAAUCGCAGCUCAAGUGAUGUCUCGGCUUAGGAAGAAAUCCCCUUCUCUUUGUAUGGAUCUGCCACUCAACAACAGUGAGCUUUGUAACAAGCUUCAUCUUCUGAGGGAACUUCUGAGAUCAUGUUACGGACCGACUGCUAGACUGAAACACGUCCAUAAUAACAUUGGCGGUCACGUUAUAACCACUUCAUCCUCAUCAGUCCUUCUUCCAGUCAUUUCUUCCUCUCAGCCUUUUAUCAAUCUAAUAAGGACUUCAAUUCUUAACCACGUCUCCCGCUAUAGUGAUUGUGGUUUGUUUGCUGCCCUUCUUUGUCUGUCCCUUAUUGAGCAAGCAAAGCAGUCGGGACUCAGGGAAAAUGUGGCUAUCAGAGUGAAUAAGCACGUCUUGGCCGUGUGCACCAGUUACCUGCAACAAGAGGACUGCUCUUGUAAAGUCAAAUUCGACUUCUGCAGCAGUCACCAUUUGAUCACGUUAGCUCGUAGUGUUAUCUCCAGCAAACCAGCAUGCUUACUGACAGAACCGGAGAUGCUCCACGUCAGCAAGAUAGCUGUGCGAGCCUUCUUACUCACGGUUCCCUGUAACGUCCCGGGGACAGUCACCCUUGGCAGAAUAGUAACAGUUACCGUUGAGAGUCGUUCUGUCCUUGACUCUGAUGUGUUUCCAGGCUUACUGGUGGACCUACCCGGGGACAAUUGCUUUAACAAGUUGGACAUUACCUCUACUCCUGUGCACGUGGUGCUGUUCAGUGCGUCUCUUGCUGGAGACCUACCAGAAGUAGGAGAUGGUGCAAUUGAGGUGCACUCGAGUCUGGACAUUGAAUCACAGAUCCUGGAUCUGCUUUUGGAGAUUGGUAGGCAGGUGGUUCAAGAUGACGUGAAGUUAUUUGUCUGUCAGAAAGUCAUCCACCCAGUGUUACAGCAUUACCUGAGAAACCAUGGAGUCAUCGUGGUAGAGAGACUUGGAAUCACUCUCAUGGAGCCACUUACUCUACUGACUGGGGCUCAACCUUUGGCUACGUUGCAUAUCAAGAUCCCAGCCACUGCCUAUGGGAAGGUGAGGGAUCUCAAUACAAGGCAGUUUGGAUCAAGGACAAUGCUGCAUUUACACCCCGUUGGGGAGUCAGUCAUUUGCACCAUGAUACUCUGCCACAGGAGUGAAACGAUUUUAAACGAGCUAAAGGUAGUUUGUCAGAACGCAGAGCAUGUGUUGAGGCUCGCCCUGAAGGAGCCAUGUGCUUUGCUUGGAGGGGGCUGUACUGAGACCCACUUAGCUGCUUUUGUCAGACACAAGAGCAAGAAUGAAGCAUCGCAGACAACAUCAGCAGCAGGGUGCUCACGGACAGAGUUCCUCCUUGGCGUGGAGGUAUUCUGCCGCUCUCUGGAGUCUGUGGCCAGAUCUUUGGAGCAUGACGGUGGGACUUCUGCCAUGGAUUUGACUCAUGCCCACCAUUGGACUCUCCCUUCAGAUGGCACAAAAGACCAGGACAGCUUUGGCUUCUGUGGUUGUGGAGUGGUGAAAAGUUGCCCUAGUAAUAAGUGGACUUAUCUAAACACUGAAUAUGCAGAGUUCUCUCCUGCUCCCUUAUUUGGAGACGCUUUUGAGCAGCCAAGUGUGCUGGACUCCUUCACAGCUAAACUCAGUGCAUUACAAGUUGCUGUGGAAACUGCUAAUCUUGCACUGGAUGUGAGAUAUAUAAUUCAAGAUGUGAACUAAUAUAAGAGAAAUGUUGUCAUGGGUGGGAUUCAGGUUUGUGAUUAAUAACACGUGCAGACACCAUCCUAUGAAUGUGGGUUAAAUAAUCAACUCAUUGUCAGAUAGUUUGUAGAUCCAGUCUUGUUCACAAUUUACAUUAUUGCCACAUCCUUUGUUACAAAAUAGUCAGUUCUGCUUUGAUUGUAAAAGCUAGUUUUGUAUUGUUCUACUCAUCCCACACAUUCAGCAACAUAAAUCCAUCAACAAGCAUUUAACAGACUUCUAAAAGCACUCUGUGGCGUACAAUUAGUCCUGGAACACAGAAUGUCUGAAUUCAUGCUACUUUCCAUAAACAGUCACACUCUAAACUGAGUCCAAAGAUCUUGUUCAAGCUGAAA